AUGAGGAGAGGAGUCGGAAUACAGGCUAUACAUAAACAAAGCCAACAUCAGAAGCAGCUGCAGAAUAUAAGUGAACAGUUGUCAACUGAUCAAUUAAAGAAGGUCAAUGAACAGUUGAUCACCUUUAAGAACAAUCUAGAGGAGUUUGCACUCAAGCACAAGAAGGACAUCAUCAAGAACCCAGAGUUUAGAAAGCACUUCCAAGACAUGUGCUCUACAAUAGGUGUUGAUCCAUUGGCUUCCAACAAGGGAUUCUGGAGUCAAGUGCUUGGCGUUGGAGACUUCUAUUAUCAAUUGGCUGUACAGAUCAUUGAGGUCUGCUUAAAGUAUCGCUCAACUAAUGGUGGAUUAAUAGAGUUGACUACACUGACAGAGCAUAUAAGAAAGAUGAGAGGCAAGUCUGCCAACGAGAUUAGCAAUGAUGAUGUUGAGGUAUCAAUAUCAAAGCUAAAGGUACUUGGCAAUGGAUACAAUAUAUUCAAGAUAGAUUCAAAGAAGAUAGUGCAAUCAGUACCAGUUGAACUGAACAAGGAUCAUACUGAGGUUCUGAUCAAGGCACAAAGUCAUAAUGGUUCAAUCACCGCUGCACAGCUGGCCAAACUUGGCUGGAACGAACAACGUAUCAACAAUGUAUUGGAUGUAUUAUUAACAGAGGGAAUGGCAUGGAUUGAUGAUCAAGCGGAUACCAAGGAGAGAUUGUAUUGGUUCCCAAGUCUUUGGUCAAACACUUUCGAAAGCUAA